ACAUUUAACACACCGCCGCCGUUCCUAUUGACUCCCCACCACCGCCAUCUUCAAAGCGUCGGAUCAGAAUGAUGUUUUCCGAAAGUCAGUUCGAAGGCGGAUCUCAGAUCGCCAAUUCUCCUGCCUCCGCCGCUAAUCGUGAUACAAAUGGAAUAGUGCCGCUAACGAUAAAGCAGAUAAGCGAAGCUUCACAGUCUGGUGAUGAUAAAUCCAAUUUUGUUCUUUCCGGUGCAGAUAUUGUUAAUGUUAGUGUGGUGGGAAUGGUGUUCAACAUAGUUGAAAGAAACAGUUAUGUUACCUUUACUGUUGAUGAUGCAACUGGAAAGCUAGAGUGCAAAAGAUGGCUCAAUGAACCAUAUGAUAAAAUGCAAAUUGAGGAAAUCCAAGAAGGGAUUUAUGUCCAUGUUGAUGGGCACUUAAAAAGCUUCAAAGGUGAUAAGCAUAUUGACGUCUUCUCUGUUAGGCCCGUGACAAACUUUGAUGAAAUCACCUUCCACUUCAUUGCAUCCAUACACAACCAUGUGCGUACUCUUAAAGCACAGAAUAUACAAGGUAAUGGUACAACUCUUUCUGAGAACAUAGAUUCGAAUCCAAACACACCCAUCCAGAAAGGUGCAAAUGGUCUGAAGUCAAACCUUUCAAGUCAGCUCUCUGUACCUUUCAAUGUAGACGGAUUAAAAGGAUAUGAUCAAAUGGUUCUUGCUUAUCUCCAGAUUCCUGCAAACUACGGUAAUGAAAAGGGCAUCCAUACCGAUGAGCUUGCACAGAAGCUGAAACUUCCUCAAAACAAGAUCAUGGAAUCCAUAAGAACACUUGAAGAUGAAGGCAUGAUAUACUCAACAAUCGAUGAAUUCCACUACAAAGCAACAAGUAGCAGUUGAUGUCGCAACAAUGUGAUUUUCUGAAAUUCUAAGUUUCAUAUAUCUAAGUUUUACUCUGUCUUCUAGCUGUUAUGAUUGUACUGGUGUUAUAUAAGGAAGUAGUAUUCUGCUGUUCAAAAAAAAAAAAGAAAAAAACAAUUGGUUUUAAUAGGCUAUUAAACAUGUUCUAUCAUUAAACUUUUAAUUUAGGGUCCACA